UGUCUCUCUUACCUCCUUGAUGUUCGGCACUAUUUGUGGCCGGCGUGGUGGAAGGACACAGUGAGGUUUUCACCCCCGCCCCCCUCUCCCAUCCCCAGUUCCAUCAAAGCGAACCCGGGCCAGCGCAAGGAUCUUCGAGUUGCGAGUGUGCUGAGGCUGGGACUGUCACUCAUUCUCCGACCAGCGCGUGAACGCAGCUCGGCAGCCGCUGGCUGAAAACAAUUCUGCAAAAAUAAUCAUACUCAGCCUGGCAAUUGUCUGCCCCUAGGUCUGUAGCUCUGCCGCCGUCCACACUCGUUGCAAGGGGAGGGCGCAGAAUUUACCGCGGCAAGAACAUCCCUCCCAGCCAGCAGACUACAAUGCUGCAAACUAAAGAUCUCAUCUGGACUUUGUUUUUCCUGGGAACUGCAGUGUCUCUGCAGGUGGAUAUCGUUCCCAGCCAAGGGGAAAUCAGCGUUGGAGAAUCCAAAUUCUUCCUAUGCCAAGUGGCAGGGGAUGCCAAAGAUAAAGACAUCUCCUGGUUCUCUCCCAAUGGAGAGAAGCUCACCCCGAACCAGCAGCGGAUCUCCGUGGUGUGGAAUGAUGAUUCUUCCUCCACCCUCACCAUCUACAAUGCCAACAUCGAUGACGCCGGCAUUUACAAGUGUGUGGUCACCGGCGAGGAUGGCAGCGAAUCAGAGGCCACAGUCAACGUGAAGAUCUUUCAGAAGCUCAUGUUCAAGAACGCACCAACUCCACAGGAGUUCAAAGAGGGGGAAGAUGCCGUGAUCGUGUGUGACGUGGUCAGCUCCCUUCCCCCAACCAUCAUCUGGAAGCAUAAAGGCCGAGAUGUCAUCCUGAAAAAAGACGUCCGAUUCAUAGUCCUGUCCAACAACUACCUGCAGAUCCGGGGCAUCAAGAAAACAGAUGAGGGUACUUAUCGAUGUGAGGGCAGAAUCCUGGCUCGGGGGGAGAUCAACUUCAAGGACAUUCAGGUCAUUGUGAAUGUGCCACCCACUGUCCAGGCCAGGCAGAGCGUAGUGAAUGCCACAGCCAACCUGGGACAAUCUGUUACCCUGGUGUGCGAUGCUGAAGGCUUCCCAGAGCCCACUAUGAGCUGGACAAAGGAUGGGGAACAGAUAGAAGACGAGGAGGAUGAGAAGUAUAUCUUCAGCGACGACAGUUCUGAGCUAACCAUCAGGAAGGUGGAUAAGAAUGAUGAGGCUGAGUAUGUCUGCAUUGCUGAGAACAAGGCCGGCGAGCAGGACGCAUCCAUCCACCUCAAAGUCUUUGCAAAACCCAAAAUCACUUAUGUAGAGAACCAGACUGCCAUGGAACUGGAAGAACAGGUUACGCUAACAUGUGAAGCCUCGGGAGACCCCAUCCCCUCUAUCACCUGGAGAACUUCCACCCGAAACAUCAGCAGUGAAGAAAAGGCUUCGUGGACUCGACCAGAGAAGCAAGAGACCCUGGAUGGGCACAUGGUGGUACGCAGCCAUGCCCGCGUGUCUUCCCUGACUCUGAAAAGCAUCCAGUACACAGACGCUGGAGAGUACAUCUGCACCGCCAGCAACACCAUCGGGCAGGAUUCUCAAUCCAUGUAUCUUGAAGUGCAAUAUGCCCCCAAGCUACAGGGCCCUGUGGCUGUGUACACAUGGGAGGGGAACCAGGUAAACAUCACCUGUGAGGUAUUCGCCUAUCCCAGUGCCACGAUCUCAUGGUUCCGAGAUGGUCAGCUGCUACCGAGCUCCAACUACAGCAAUAUCAAGAUCUACAACACGCCCUCUGCCAGCUAUCUAGAGGUGACCCCAGACUCUGAAAAUGACUUUGGAAACUACAACUGCACUGCAGUGAACCGCAUUGGGCAGGAGUCCUUGGAAUUCAUCCUUGUUCAAGCAGACACCCCAUCCUCACCAUCCAUCGACCAGGUGGAGCCAUACUCUAGCACAGCCCAGGUGCAGUUUGAUGAGCCGGAGGCCACAGGUGGAGUGCCCAUUCUCAAGUACAAGGCUGAGUGGCGAGCAGUGGGUGAGGAAGCUUGGCAUUCCAAGUGGUAUGAUGCCAAAGAAGCCAACAUGGAGGGCAUCGUCACCAUCAUGGGUCUGAAGCCAGAGACGACGUACGCCGUACGGUUGGCAGCCCUCAAUGGCAAGGGGCUGGGUGAGAUCAGCGCAGCCUCCGAGUUCAAGACGCAGCCAGUCCAAGGGGAACCCAGUGCACCGAAGCUCGAAGGGCAGAUGGGAGAAGAUGGAAACUCUAUAAAGGUGAACCUUAUCAAGCAGGAUGAUGGCGGCUCCCCCAUCAGACACUACCUGGUCAAGUACCGUGCGCUCUCCUCUGAUUGGAAACCAGAGAUCAGGCUCCCCUCAGGCAGCGAUCACGUCAUGCUCAAGUCUCUGGACUGGAAUGCUGAGUAUGAGGUCUACGUGGUAGCUGAGAACCAGCAGGGAAAAUCCAAAGCUGCUCAUUUUGUGUUCCGGACCUCGGCCCAGCCCACCGCUAUCCCAGCCAACGGCAGCCCCACCUCAGGCCUGAGCACCGGCGCCAUCGUGGGUAUCCUCAUUGUCAUCUUUGUCUUGCUCUUGGUGGUUGUGGACAUCACCUGCUACUUCCUGAACAAGUGUGGUCUGCUCAUGUGCAUUGCCGUCAACCUAUGUGGGAAAGCCGGGCCCGGGGCCAAGGGCAAGGACAUGGAGGAGGGCAAAGCUGCCUUCUCGAAAGAUGAAUCCAAGGAGCCCAUUGUGGAAGUGCGAACUGAGGAGGAACGGACCCCAAACCAUGAUGGAGGGAAACACACAGAACCCAAUGAGACCACGCCGCUGACAGAGCCUGAGAAGGGCCCUGUAGAAGCAAAGUCGGAGUGUCAGGAGACAGAAACAAAACCAGCACCACCGCCAGCUGAAGUCAAGACGGUCCCCAACGAUGCCACACAGACAAAGGAGAACGAGAGCAAAGCAUGAUGGGUGAUGAGCAGCGAGCAAAGAUCAAAAUAAAGCGUGACACAACAACUCCAGAGCAUUUCCAAUCCCACACGCGCGCCCACCCGUGUGCGCGCAGACACACACAGACACACAUGCACAUACGACUCAUUCCUCUAGUGUCUUUUGCCUUUAAACAAACAAACAAAAUAACUAAACAGAUAAACACGGGAUCUCCUUUUUGUAGCUUUAUAGAAAAGGUUCCUUUGUUGCGCACUCACUUGUAAGAAAACGAGACAAAAAGGUUAAACCCACAGCCAAACUAGGACACGCCGUUCCCUGGUUCCCUGAAACCAUUUAGAAAUCCAACAAAAGGACCCCAAGAAGAAUCUAGGAAGCUCAGAAUAAAUCUAGGUUCAAGUAGACCGCACUUGGUGUCACCCAAUUGGCAGAGACCAGUUUCAGACAAGUACUUCCAGGCAUUAAGACAACCCGAAUGAACAACUCCACAGUUUAUUUUUAUACUUUUCAGUCGAGUUUGAACUCUGUAAAACCUCAUAAAUAAGUUAUAAUUUCUGUUCACUUUGUAUCUGUUCACUGUGCAAAGUGUGUCACCCUUUUUAGCUGAAUCCAGUUCCCAUGUAGAUUCUUGUUUUAUAGGGAGAAUGCCAAAUUGCAGCUUCUCGGGGUAGAUUUCAAUUUGCAGUAUUUUGGACUUUUUUUUCUUUUUUGUCCUCUUUUCUCUGUCUUUCGCUUUCUCUCUCUCUUUCCAUCAACUUUGUUUUCCAAUGUUUACAGAUUGGCAACUGUUUGACUUUGGUUGUGUUUAAAUGUCCAUGUAAAAGAGCUGCCUUUUUUUUUUUUUUCAAAGUGACAAACACCGCAUAGAGGUGGGUAGAACCAUCACAGGAUUGCUCUAGCACAGAACACCUUUACAAAAAUAGCAUUAUUUACAGUGGUUCAUCCACCAUUCUGAUUUUGAAAUUGUCGCCUGGGUCCAGCUCAGGUUCAUUUGUUCUGGUUUGGCUUUUUUGGUUUUUGAUUCUUUGGGUUUCCUGUUGGGGAGUAGGCCACUUUCUGAUGAACCACCACCUACCUGCACCUGUAACAACGGACCUGCACGCGGGGCAUCACUGCUGUUCUCUUGAUGGACUCACUAGGCUUUGUUGAAUGAAGCAGAGAAGAUUGUGUAGUUAGGGCUGGUCUUGGUGAACACACACUUUUUUUCUAUUUUUUUCUUUUAUUAACCCCAUAUGUCCCCUUUUUGUAGAAAGCCAAAUAAAAUAUAUACAUAUAAUUUCCUUUUGAGCCCAGAAUCUAGAUAUGAGCAAAAGAGAAUGUGUGCUUCAGGGAACUAGUGUUUUUGUUUGGGAAAUUUGCUGAAGUAAAGUAACACCGGCCUUCUGCUCUCUGACGCAGCAUUUAUAGAAACAAAAGGGGGGGAAAGUAACAACCUGCAGUCUUGAGUCAUAACACAAUUUUUCUGGAUUGGAAACCAAGUGGGGGGCGGGUGGGGAAAUACAGAAACUUUAAGGGAAAUGGGUGGGGGGAGAUGGGAAAAACCAGCCCUUUGUAUAGAAAUUUUCCUUUUUUUUUUUCCUCAUUCUACUUUAGAACUGCAAGCUUGUGCACUGUGGAUGCGUGAAUAUUUUAGUGUGAAACGUGUUUUUGUCAUAGUAUUGAAAUAAAACUUCAACAUAGUUUGGUUGUGGAAGGUAUAGCAGAUAGUUCAGAAAAAAAAAAUAUUCAGGAAAAAAAAAAAAACAAAAGGAGUCGAAGCCUUUAAACAAAGAAAAUGAAAUUAAAAUUAUUAUAAUGAUGAAAAGGAUGAUAAGUAAACAGAAAUCAGAAGACUGGCAUGCAAUCCUUUCCUAAAGUACACAAACAGCACGAGAUUAGGGUGGCAAGACUGCCUCUGGGUCUGUUGUUCUGUGGACCACAUGCUCCCAUGUUCUGAUGAUUCUGCAGUCUGGUCAGUGAUGACGCUAGAUUAUCAUUUCAAACUGUGAAAAAUAAUGGUCUUGUCAUUUGCUCAAUGUGGGGUUAUUUUGCAUUUUCUCAGCUCCUGGGGAUGGAAAUGGAGGAUUCCAGCGUACACAACCUUGGCCCCUUGAUUCUAGGGCUUACACAAAUCCAUGGUUCAAAUACACAGGCCUUCAGGGAGAAAGUAAUUAGAAGAAAGUUAUUAGAGCGCACAACAGAAUGGAAGAGCUUGGUUGUCUGAGACGGGGGGUCCCAGAGGGAAAGGUGGUUCUUCAGUGGAAACAAUUCCUCAUCUUGUGAUGGUAAAGGCUUUGGACAACCAAGCCAAGCCCACACUAUACCUCACCAAGACUAGGUGUUUCAUUCCAAGUUGUGUGGUUAGGCAAACUGAUUUUGGUUCUGAUGGUUAGGAAGAGACCCAAGGUAUAGUCAUCCCUCCCUCAGAUAACCCGGCCUAGGGCAGCAGACCCCCCACCCACCCUAAUCCCGGCUUCAUGAUUAGCUGGAAGCUAGGACUCUGCCCACAUUUUGAUCUGCCCCUCUCCCAUAACACAACAUAGGUUUAUCUUGGUGUGUUUGAGCUUUCCUUUCUUUACAAUUAAAGAGUGAUGCUUUCUCUGCAGUCUAAGAGGGAGCCGUGUUAUUUUCAAGAUGGUCUAUCUUUUAUGUUAAGAGAUAAAAGCUUAUCAUUUUCCUAUUUGAAUUAUUUGGAGGCGGGAUCAACUCUAACAGUUCCCAAUGUCUCUAUGUGUCUAUAUGUGUAUGUGCUAUACAUGUGUAUUCACAUAAAUACCGGCAUGGCCAGGGUCUGCUGGAGGGGCACUUGAAUGCCAUGUGUGAGGUAUCCCAACCCUGAAGGGCCGCAGUGUACAUAGUGCAGCUUUUGACGUGGAACUCUAUUUUCACACUUUUCUAUGGAGCCUUCCAAAUCCCAGGUUUUCACGCUAGGCUGUCUGUCUAGAUGGUGGUUUCAGACCUCCAUUAACAUCCCUACCCAGCAUUCCCUACUUCGGGGGCCUUCUCACAUGUUAUAAAACUUUUUACCAAGUGAAACAUCGAGACCACCUUUGUUUCCAUUCUCACUGGUGUAAAUACUGAGUACUAACUGAGAAUUUUGACUUUGCAUUCUGUCAGAAUACUUGUGUUCAAUAAAAAUUGAAAGAAAAAA